AUGGGAAGACCCAGGCUUAUUAUAAUCAUCAGACACGCCCAGUCUGAGGGCAACAAAAACCGCGACAUCCACCAAACAAUACCCGACCACCGUGUCAAGCUCACCAAGGAAGGAUGGCAGCAAGCGUACGAGGCAGGCCGCCGCCUGCGCGCGAUGCUGCGGCCCGAGGAUACGCUGCAUUUCUUCACGAGUCCGUACCGCCGUACGCGGGAAACAACCGAGGGCAUUCUGGCCACCCUGACCAGCGACGAGCCAGAGACGAGCCCCUUUAAGCGUGAUAAGAUCAAGGUGUACGAGGAGCCGCGGCUGCGCGAGCAGGACUUUGGAAACUUCCAGCCAUGCAGCGCCGAAAUGGAGCGCAUGUGGCAGGAGCGUGCCGAUUAUGGCCACUUCUUCUACCGCAUCCCCAAUGGCGAGAGUGCCGCCGAUGCCUACGAUCGAAUUAGUGGCUUCAACGAGAGCCUCUGGCGGCAAUUCGGCGAGGACGACUUCGCUAGCGUCUGCGUGUUGGUCACCCACGGCCUUAUGUCUCGAGUCUUCCUCAUGAAAUGGUAUCACUUCAGCGUCGAGUACUUUGAGGAUCUCCGCAACAUCAACCACUGCGAGUUCCUGAUCAUGCGGAGAAACGAUGAGACGGGCAAGUAUAUACUCGAGAACAAGCUGCGCACAUGGUCGGAGCUCAAGCGGGAGCGUGCGGCCCUCCUGGCCAAGGAAAACGGCGAGACCAGCAAGGAAGGUGGAAACAGUAAGGACGCCUCCACGCUUGCGCGCGCCGGCACCAUCGAGACCAGGCGUCGCUGGGGAGGCUGUCCCAACGGCUGCAACCAUGACAAGAACUUCAGGAUCCGCCAGACACUAGCUGACCUCGUCAAGAGCGACAGUGUCAUCUCUGACCACGCCGUCGGCCUGACCGCGAGCGAAUCUGGCUGCAGCUUGUCGGCCGGGGGCGGGCACAUGUCGGCACUCAACGGUACCGACACCAGCGGCUCAAUCUACGGCGUCGGUAACGCCUCUCUCAACGGUUCGUCCAGCACCCAGACUCUCGUUAGCCGUCGGCCAGCAGCCAAGCGGUUCCAAAGUGCGGGCAGGGACGAAGCCGACGAGCCACAACUAGACUGCUGCACGGCAACAUCGGGGCCUCAGAUCGACGUGACCAAGGCCCGCGACGAGGCCGUCUCUAGUCCCGACGGCACCCCGUCAUACAUCUCGGUCGAUGACCGACUCCGUUCCCGGCUUAAAAGCCCCAACAUGCCGCCCCCGCGCCCACUCGACCCAGGGCAGCUGCACGUCGGCCGUGACUUUGGGGGCACCUACAGCGGGCACAACAGCGGCGCUAGCGAUGACCCCGGGGAGUAUGACGAGGAGUACUCAUCCGAGGACGAAGAUCAGGUCGGCGGAGGGGGAGGCAACCUGUCCCUACCCCUCAGGUCGCGAGACAGCAGCGGUGCGGUCGGCAUGGGUGCGAAUGGGGAUGGUAAUGGGAACGGCGAGUUCCAGUUACGCCACCUUCGCGACCAGCGCGAGCAGAGCCGCAUGGGCCGCGGCAUGAGAGCCAAUCGGCUCGGCGAUCACCACAGCAGUGACGGGGAGCAUGACGCGGACGGGGAGCACGAGCUUGGUGGGGCAGAUGUUGAUGUCGAUGGCGAUGGCGAUGUUGAUGACCACAGCCAGAGUGGAUCGAAGCUGGCGAGACCGCUGAUGGCGGCUAACACUAACGGGGCUGCUGGGGAUGAGGCCCUGAACGAAGCCGAGAGGGAGGAUAAAAGCAUUAUGGGGAGUGUUUACUAA